AUGCUUUGAUACGAAUGGUUCGUCUCGACCGGAGUGAUACCGCGGCCCCACAGAAAACCGAUGUGAAACAACACAAACAACAGGUUGUGUUGUGUUUCGUCGUGUCAGUGAGGUUACUGCAGGACAUUAUUCACAUUAGUUUUUUAAAAUUUUUCUAUCAAAUACGUUGUCCCACGCUAGGAUUUUCUCCUGUAUCGAGGGUGCUUUACAAACAUACAAGUUCACAUACAUAUGACACCCAGACCCGAAACAAUUUGUGGAUAAAUUUGUCAUACAAAGUUCCGUCCGGGAAUCGAACUCGCUACACGUUGCACGGCAGCCGGUUGCCCAGCCACCGCCCCAACUGUGCAGUCAAAAUCAGGAUAAAAAGUCUACUAUUACCUAGUAGAUUUACUCUAACUAGGUUCUAUUAUAACGGUAAACAGUUAUUAAGUAGGUACAUCAGUAUUUAUGCAGCAAUAUUGCAAAUUAUAUCACAUUACAAUAACUUGCUAGAUUGUAAUCGUGUUAAGGCGUUAUAG